CCCCCAAAGCCGUUGUUGCUUGUUUCAGAGUUCAGACAUGGCAGCGACAACAGAAGCCCAGUCGAAAUGGGAAUUCAGCUGUGAAUUGGAAGUAAAUCUUGGAUCUCAAGAACAUGCUCAAAUUAUCUAUACAGCUUUGUCUGUUGAUAAGGAGUUGCAGCCUGAUAAGGUGAAAAGGGUAAUGUCGGCUUCAGAUGGGAAGCUUUUAGUGCAUUUUGAGGCCACGGAAGCUAGGUUUCUUCGUGCAUCAUUUAGUGCUUUUGUAGAUGUUCUUACACUUGCCGCUAAAACCAUUGAAGAAUUUGGUCCAGUUAUAGAAGUAUGAUAGAUACACUCGACAUUGUUGGACACGAGUUGGCUACUUUAUGGUUUUUAUUGCUGAUGGCUUCUUGUAUUGUACUAUUGUUUAAUGCAUUAUGAAACCCCAUAGUUUAGUGUUCGAUGGAUUUACAUAGCUCCAAGGAAAUCUCGCAUUCUUGUGGGGUUUUUCUUGCAACUCAAAGUACAUGUAUGAAAUGUUUGAUUUAGUUUUCUAGCAAUUACUGAAUAUAAAAGGAGUAUUAUUUA